AUGUAUGUACAUAUUAGAACACAUACAGGUGAUAAACCGUAUUCAUGUUCAGCUUGUGGUGUAGCCUUUACUCAAGGAUCAUCUUUAAAACUUCAUAUUCGAUCACGACAUAACGAUAAUAGCAAUUAUUUCUCACUGAUACGUAAACCAGGAAAAAAUAAUCUAACAAAAUUAUGGACAAGAGUGUUAAAAAAAGAUUUACCAAAAUUCAAUUCAUUUCAAUCAACAAGUUCCUAUUACUACUAUCAUCAUCACCAGCACCAUCGACAUUACUGGAAUAAGUGGCGGAAUUCAAUGAAUAUAGAACAAAUCAAUCGUUUGAAAAAUAUCAAACACAAGAGUAAAUUAACCCCUGAGACUGAAAAUUUAAACUAUAAUCACUUUUCAUCAACUCCAGGUGAAUUUCAACAACUAUCUGACGGUACACACACUGAAAACUGUAUGAAUUCAGACUAUUGGGCGGCAAACAAUACCUCUGACUACAAAUAUUUUGAGCCAAAUCUACUUGAAAUUAAAAAGUGCACCAAACAAUCAGUUUUUAAAACAAGCAAUGAAGCCGCCAAGUUGAAAAAUUACAAAAGACGUCAAACCAAUAAAACAAACUCAGACAGACAGUUGGUUAAAACAUAUCAGAAAACAGAGACGAAGUAUUCGAGUUUCCUGGACAAUUCCAAAUCAAUCAAUGAAAUAGAAAGUUAUCCAUUGCCUACCGAUGAACGUACUACUACAUUGAAAUUAGAAGAACCUGAUUUACAAGAUUCUCAAAGUGGAAGAUGUUCUACCAUUAUUUUAAAUCAAUUAUUUCUUCAUGACAGGCAAAUGAAUCACGACAUUCAUAAAACAACUGAUGCUAAUAAUGAUAAUAAUGAUAGCAGUAUUGAUAUAACACAUAAUUCAAAUAUGGCGGUUUUAAACUAUCCAAACAAAUCCGAUAUUCAAUAUCCGGAAGAAUAUUUACCCUUUUCAAUUGCUGCAUUACAACCAUAUUAAUUGUCAAGGUCAUCUAAUUUGUCAGUAAUUGUGAGAAAAAAAUGGCGUUACUGACAAAGAAUUUAGUGUUAUCCUAACCCCCGUCUCUCAUCCUAUAACAUUUGACGGGGAAACAACUAAUUUAUACUACUACCACUGUUAGAUUACUUUUAAAAUUCUUAUCAAAACAAAGCAUCUGUAAGAAACUAUUCUCAUGAGCUUGAGUAGUUAUUGAUUCGGUUAUUCAUACCAAGGCAUUCUCAUUUCUAACAUUCUCACCUUUUCCUCACAUAGAAAUAAUUAAAUAAUUAUUUAUCCUAAAAAAAGUUAUACUUUUGUUCCAGUUUAUUCAUUCUCAGUGAUUAUAACAUUUAUUUAAAGCAUAUUUGUAAUCAGUAUCUGUUAACUGGAAAAAAAGUUGAAAGUUGACACAAUAG